GUGUAGGGACCGCCCUGGAUUCUCGAGGCCUCACCCUCCCAGGCCCCAGGCCUCUACUGCUUCUCCACUCAGCCUGUGGGCACCUGGCAAGGGGCCUGACCCCACCACCGGGGAGAGGCGGGGCCUGGUGGGCGUGGCCGGCGGGGCGGGGUUGGGCCCUGGCGGGAACUAAAGGAAGUGGGCUCGCGGCGCCUGCGCACUCCACUCCACGGACGUCGGUUUUUUCUGCCCGGUGCCCGCGCCCUUCGCUGCGCGACCCGCGUUCCGCGUGCCGCAUCUCACGCUGCUGUCCCUCCUGCUCGCACCUCGUUGGGAGGCUGCUGACUUGGACCCCUGUGAGCCGGAGCAUGUGGGCCAUGGAUUCUAAGGUCAGCAACGGUUCCAGCCUCCAGGACGAGCGCAUCACAAACCUGCUGGUGUUUGGCUUCCUCCAAAGCUGCCCCCAUGCCACUUUCCACAAGGAGCUGGAGGUGCUGGGCCACGAGCUGCCUGUGCACACUUCGGGCAGUGACGAGCUGCAGACAGACGGCAAUCGGUGCAGCUACUUCAUGGAGGACGCGGCGGAGACAGAUUCUGAGAGCCAGGAGGCAGUCAUCCAGGACAUUGCCAGGCAGCUCGCCCAAAUAGGGGACAGGAUGGAGUAUGGCAUCCGCCCAGGGCUGGUGGAUAGCCUAGCCGCGCAGUUCAGGAACCAGAGCCUGUCGGAGGAGGACAGACGGCAGGGCCUGGCUGCUGUGCUGCAGCAGCUCGUGCACUCCUACCCUGCAGACAUGGGCCAGGAGAAGACCCUGCUUGUGCUGACUAUGCUCCUGGCCAGAAAGGUGGCUGAACACUCGCCGGCCUUGCUCCGGGAUGUCUUUCACACAACGGUGAACUUCAUCAACCAGAACCUCCUCGCCUACUUGCGCAACUUAGUCCAAAGUGAGAUGGACUGAAUGGACAACUCAGCAAAAGCACGACUGGUUCAAACUUGAGAUUCUGACCUGUAGCCGACUCCUUGGAGAUGGAGCCACAGCAGCUCAGAGGCAACGGGCAUGAGCUGAUGGCUAGUUAAGGACCACUCAGGAAUCUGCAUUAACGGAUGUGAAUGGAAACAUUCCCCUGCACAUAUGUGAAGAUCUCCACCAUCUCCUCAGUCCUUCCACACACCGUGCCUUUAUCUAGUGUCAGCUGGAAAGGUCUCCGCCUGAAAAUCAGAUCUGAAAGCAGAUUGUAGGAGUUCCUGCUGUACCACAGCAGGGUAAGGAUCCAGUGGCACCAGUUUGAUACCUGGCCUGGUGCAGUGGGUUAAAGGAUCCAGCAUUGCUGCAGCUGUAGUGUAGGUUGCAGCAGCGGCUCAGAUUGGAUCCCUGGCCCAGGAACGUCCCAAAAAAUAAAUAAUAAUAAAAUAUUGUAGGUAAAAGAAA